AGCUCGCGCAUUGAUUUGCGCGGCGCCACGUCGGCAGAAGUGUAGAAGAAGAGGACGAGACGCGAGCAACGAAGAAGAAACGGCAGCAACCGAGGAACGUUGGUGCGUGCGUGGCGUUGUGCGCGAAGCGAAGCGGACUUGCGGGGAGAAGAGACACGCACACGCCGCCACGUUGACGAGCUCCGGCGGGGCCCGAGCAACUGUGUAAAGAAGGCCGGCCGCCGUGAGCCUCUUCCCGCUUGCAGCUCGUCAUUCGUCCCGAAGGCUCUUAGUCGUCGGAGGCUGAAAGGACGAGCAGAGACAAACAGUGUCAAGUUUCUCCGACGCCAGGUGUGACACGGGCACAAUGGUCAAGAAUGUGAAUAAUGUCAAUGUGGAGCCCCAGCCUGGCACCACCCUGGCCGCCAAUCAAAACGAGCCCACCUGCAGUGAGCCCACAGAGGACUCGUCCAAGGAUCACACGGCGGCGCAGCCCGGCAUGGUGUGGCGAGUGACGGGCGGCCUCUUCAACGUCACCAAGGGCGUGGUGGGCGCGGCCGUCGGCGGCGUGGCCUGGGUGGGCGGCAAGAGCCUGGAGAUCACUAAAUCGGCCGUCAGCGCCGUGCCCGCCGCCGGCGUGGGCCUGGUGAAGGGCGGCGUGUCGGCCGUGGCGGGCGGCGUGUCCUCGGUGGGCUCCACGGUGGCCAACAAGGUGCCCUUCACCGCCAAGAGGAAGGACAAGGCUGAGUGAGGAUCACCCGUUCAGACCUUCACGAAGGGUACACGUGGUGUGGUUUUGAUGUGUCCAAUGUUCAAUACCCGGGGGCAAACAAAACAAAAAAACAAAACAAAAAAAUCUUGCACAGACUGGAAUCCACGCCGCAACCAUGGUGGCUGUUGAUCACUUUUGUGUGUGCGUAAUCCGGACUGUGCUUGACAUUGCGCACACAAUCAAAUAUUUUGCUCAUGGUUUGUCGGUUUUGUUGGUUUCAACAGGCAUUCUCAAUUUCAGGAUGAGGAGAAGCCUCGCGUAACUAGUCCCAGUGAGUAUUAGGGCCGCACUGAUGAGGACGAAAA